AUGGAUCUUAAGGGACCAAAGCCCCCCAUUGCCCCCAAGCCAAGGCUUGAUGCUCCCCAUGAGUGGCGAGCCAGCGUGUACAUGAACAACAGCUUAAAUAAAUGCAGCAACGGAAAGCUGCUCUACGUUGACAGGAGGCUUUAUGAAGAGCACCAGUCCAACCUGGAGUGCUCUGAGUCAGAGGCAGAUGAGGACUACAUCGUGGUCCCCAAGUCACCACUGAGAGAGGACGAGCCUGUGAACAGGGGCUACACAGAGAAUGAAGUCUUGAGGUCUCUGGACUGUCCUGAGGAAGAAGAACACAAGGGGGAAGGAGGUGAGGAGUAUAAUGUGGAGGGUCCAGGAUCUGGAGAGCAUGUGGCUGCUCCAGCUGAAGUGGAGCUGAGUGGAGAAAGUGAUAGAGCCGUGGACCAGGCUCUUGAGGAUGUGGCUGGGGAGGAAGACUGUGAGGGGUCAGGGGAGCAGGUGCUCACACAAAAGGAGGAAGAGAAGUUAGUGGAAGAACAUGACACAUACAUUCAGGAGGACAGGGGACCUUGGAAUAGAGAGGAGGUCUUCCAGAGCAGUAUCAUCUUGACACACGUUGAACUAGAGCAUCUAGCGACCCCUACUGAGGUAUCUCUACCCCCUGAGAUCCCCAUGGAGGUGGAAGAAGACAGUGAGAAAGGCUGUGCCACAGCAGAAUCAGUGGACCCAGAUGGGCAAGUAGAUUCUAAUGGUCCCACUGAUGUGGAUACUGAAGAUACCAGCAAGGAGUCCCCAGAGAAGGAGGAAUUGGCUUCAGAUGUCCAGGAGGCAAACAUGACUGUAGAACACCUGGAUGACUCUGGGGAGAUGUGCGAAGAUACCACAGAGAGUGGUGGCCAGGCUGAUGAUGGUGGCCUUCCUGACCCAGAUGAGAGCACUGGCCAGGAAGAAGUGGCGGUCGUCCAGGAGAUGGGCGAAGACCUUCAAGAAGGUGAUGGUCCCCCGGAAGAUGAGCCUGCUGACGAGGAUGAGCCUGCCGAGGAGAGCUGCCAGAUAGUUCCUUUUGAGAAUGACUGUGUUGACAAUUUCGGGACAUCCCUUACGGGGAGUCCCUAUGAGUUCUUUCCGACCGAGAGCACCUCUUUUUGUAGUGAAAGCUAUCCAUCUUUUUCUGAGACAGUAAAAGGCUUAGAAUCAGAAGACAGGUCAAAGUCAGAGCUGUGUGCAGAGGAAGAACCUGAUGCUGGGACUGUGUGUGGCCAGCAUGGCCCCCCAGAGGGUGCUACCUGUGAGGACCCUUCUGACCCUGAGAUCCAGCCAGAGAACACCCCAGGCGAGGACGUCAUGGACGAUUCACUUACCAACCCCUAUGUGAUGGGUGUAGGCCUUGCAUGCCAGGCUGAUCAGUAUGAAACGCAGGCUGGGCCCAAUGCUCUGAGUGGUUAUGGCACAAGGGAAGAAAUUAGCUCUGAUAUGGAGGGCAGCCUCCUCCCCAUAGACAGGAAAAACCUUGUUACAAGAGCCCGGCCCCACUCUGGGAAGGUGGCCGGCUAUGUUCCAGAAACUGUGCCAGAAGAAACUGGACCAGAAGCUGGCUUGGCGGCCAUUGGCAGUGGAGGUGCAUUUGUGGAGGCAAGAAAGACAGGUUUGUCCCUAGAGGGGAAGCCUCCAGAAGCUGCCAGCAGGGCCUUACCAGCCAAGCCCAGAGCCUUCACUCUGUACCCACGGUCAUUUUCUGUGGAAGGCCGAGAGAUUCCAUUUUCCCUAUUCCAUGAACCAGAGGGAUCUGGGUUAGAUGACCAUCGGAUAAAAAGGAAGGAGGAUAACCUUUCUCUGCCCUGUGUGAUUGGCUCUUCUGGAAGCUUCUCCCAGAGAAACCACCUGCCCUCCAGCGGCACGUCAACACCAUCAUCUGUGGUCGACAUCCCACCCCCCUUUGACCUGGCCUGCAUCACCAAGAAGCCUAUCACAAAGAGUUCGCCUUCACUCCUCAUUGAGAGCGACUCCCCAGACAAGUACACCAAGAAGAAGAAGUCAUCCUUUAAGCAGUUCCUGGCACUGACAUUUAAGAAGAAGACAGAGAGCAAAGUGCAUGUGGACGUGAAUGUGUCUUCCUCCCGGUCCUCCUCAGAGUCCAGCUACCACGGGCCUUCCCGGCUCCUAGAGAUUGACCGGAAAAGCCUCAGUAACUCACCUCAGCUGAAGUCUGGCACAGGGAAGCUCCGGGCUUCUGAGUCCCCCUCCUCCCUCAUCUUCUACAGGGAUGGCAAGAGGAGAGGUGUCCCCUUCAGCAGGACGGUGUCCAGAGUGGAGUCCUUUGAAGACCGCUCCCGGCCUCCCUUCCUGCCCUUGCCACUGACAAAGCCACGGUCCAUCUCGUUCCCCAAUGCAGACACUUCAGACUAUGAGAACAUUCCAGCCAUGAACUCGGACUAUGAAAAUAUCCAGAUUCCACCCCGGAGACCUGCAAGGACUGGGACUUUCACGAAGCUCUUUGAAGAUCAGAGCAGAGCCUUGUCCACAGCAAAUGAAAAUGACGGCUAUGUAGAUAUGAGCAGCUUCAACGCCUUCGAGAGCAAACAGCAGAGUGCAGACCAAGAAGCAGAAAGUGCCUACACCGAGCCCUACAAGGUCUGUCCCAUCUCAGCAGCGGCCCCGAAAGAGGACCUCACAUCGGAUGAAGAGCAGGGAAGCUCGGAGACGGAGGAGAGUGCUCUGAGAGAGCCCAGCCUCACCCCCAAGGUGGAAGGACAGUCCAGAGCCCAUGUCAUCGCACAGGAACUGCUGACUUCAGAGAAAGCAUACGUGGAGAUGCUUCAGCACUUACAUCUGGAUUUCCAUGGAGCUAUCAUGAGGACCUUGGAUGAAAUGGACCAAGAGGGCAGGGACACACUAUCCAGAGAAGCACUGAGGCUCGGCCUGAGCCAAAUUCCAGCUAUCCGUGACCUUCACCGGGGGAUCCUAGAGGAGCUGGAGGAGAGGCUGGUCCACUGGGAGGGCCAGCAGAAGGUGGCUGAUGUCUUCCUGGCGCGGGAGUCGGAGUUUGACCACCAUGCCGCUCAUAUCCUGCAGUUCGACAGGUACCUAGGUCUGCUCAGUGAGAACUGCCUCCACUCCCCACGGCUGGCAGCUGCUGUCCGUGAAUUCGAGCAGAGUCUGCAAGGAGGCGGGCAGAGUGUGAAGCAUCGGCUGCUGAGGGUGGUCCAGCGCCUAUUCCAGUACCAAGUGCUCCUCACAGAUUAUUUAAAUAACCUCUGCCCAGACUCAGCUGAGUACGAGAACACUCAGGGUGCACUGACCCUCAUCUCCAAAGUCACAGACCGUGUGAAUGACAGCAUGGAGCAAGGGGAAAACCUGCAGAAGCUGGUCCACAUUGAGCACAGCGUCCAGGGCCAAGGGGAUCUCCUCCAGCCAGGAAGGGAAUUUCUGAAGGAAGGGACUCUGAUGAAAGUAACAGGAAAAAACAGACGCCCCCGCCACCUGUUUUUGAUGAGUGAUGUGCUCCUCUACACUUACCCCCAGAAGGAUGGCAAGUACCGGCUGAAGAACACAUUGGCGGUGGCAAGCAUGAAGGUCAGCCGCCCUGUAAUGGAGAAAGUGCCCUAUGCUGUAAGGAUUGAGACUGCCGAGUCCUGCCUGACCCUGUCUGCAAGCUCCUGUGCAGAGAGGGAUGAGUGGUACAGCUGUCUAAGCAGGGCCCUUCCUGAGGACUACAAGGCACAGGCCCUGGCUGCAUUCCAUCACAGCGUGGAGAUGCGGGAGCGACUGGGAGUGAGCCUGGGCGAGAGACCCCCCACCCUGGUGCCUGUCACACACGUGAUGAUGUGCAUGAACUGUGGCUGCGACUUCUCCCUUACACUGAGGCGCCAUCACUGCCAUGCCUGCGGCAAGAUCGUGUGCCGCAACUGUUCGCGAAACAAGUACCCUCUGAAGUACCUCAAGGACCGGAUGGCCAAGGUCUGCGAUGGCUGCUAUGGGAAGCUGAAGAAGAGAGGUGGCGACAUUCCGGGCCUGAUGAGAGAGCGACCUGUGAGCAUGAGCUUCCCCCUGUCCUCACCCCGCUUCUCGAGCAGUGCCUUCUCAUCUGUCUUCCACAGCAUCAGUCCUUCAACCUUCAAGAAACAGAAGAGAGUCCCUUCAGCCCUGGCGGAGGUAGCUGCCUCUGGAGAGGGCUCUGCCAUCAGUGGCUAUCUCAGCCGGUAUAAGAAAGGCAAGAGGCACUGGAAGAAGCUCUGGUUUGUCAUCAAAGGCAAAGUUCUCUACACCUACAUGGCCAGUGAGGACAAAGUGGCUAUGGAGAGCAUGCCCCUGCUGGGUUUCACCAUUGUCCCAGAGAAGGAAGAGGGCAGCAAUGAAGUAGGACCAAUUUUUCACCUUUACCACAAGAAAACUCUAUUUUAUAGCUUCAAAGCAGAGGAUACCAUUUCAGCUCAGAGGUGGAUCAAGGCCAUGGAAGAUGCCAGUGUGUUAUAG